CGUAAGAAAGGGAUAGUAUUUCUGAUAUAAAUUUCCUAGAAACUUCAAGAUUAUUUUUAGAAACAAAUUGCAUUUGAAGUUUCGCCAUGUCUUUCUAAUUUCUUCAAAUAUAUAUUUUUUUUCAAACCCAAAAUAAGAUUUAUGUAUGAUGAAUAAUUACUUAGAAUAAAGCAAUUUGACAUCUAUCCACUUGUCGAGUUGGAGGUAAUUCAAUAAUCACAAAAACGACUUAAGAACAUACUCAUUGAAGAUAUCUAGUGCUGGUUUCUCAAAAACAUAAAUAAAUUAAUAGUAUGUUAAUUAUGUUGAGUAUCUCAAAUUUAUGAAAAUCCCCUUCGAAGUAUCUAAUAUCAUGAAUUUGAAAUAUAUAUUGUUAAAUACUAUUAUGCUACGUAAUUUACACAUAUAUUUAAGUUGAGAACUCUAUGUGAAGAACACUUCAUUGGACAUUGUCUAAAGAAGUACAAAGAAAGUACCAGUUAAUUUUUAUAAAGUUUAUAAUGGACAGAAAUAUUAAAAGAAAUCUCUCAUACGUUUAUAUAUUCGCCACUUCCCCCGCAAUUCCUCUAAACAAUCUUCUCCCUCUUUCUCAACUACAGGCUCUUUCAUGGAUAGUUGCCUCUCUAAUCAAGCGUCUCUCUCGUUUCUCUCGACUCGUUCGAGGAGACAGAGAGGCGAUAGAAGCGGCUUUGUACUUCCUGAGAUGCGCAAGGUCCAGUAUAGACCGAUGGUCAUGGUUGCCACGGCGGGACAGAACAGCUACUGGCCUGGAAGCAGCCUUAACGCGCCGCUUAAACCCCGAACGUCGCAGGGGAGGUUUCUGAUACGCCUGUUGCUAAACAAGCGGCACCUCUUUCACUAUGCUGCUGCUGAUGAGCUCAGGUUACUGGCAGAUAACCGUGAAGCUGCUUUAGCUCGUAUGUCUCUCAGCUCUGGUUCCGAUGAAGCUUCUCUCCACAGAAGGAUAGCUCAGCUCAUGGAACGUUACUGCAAAACAGCAGUCCAAGACAUAAUGUACAUGUUAAUACUCUACAAAUACUCUGAGAUAGGAGUCUCUCUCGCUCCAAAGCUCUCUAGAUGCAUCCACAAUGGAAGACUCGAGACAUGGCCUAAGAAAGACCGGGAGCUGGAGUCAAUCCACAGCUGCGAUGCCCUUGAGCUCAUCAAAGAACACGUAAACGCAGUCAUCGGAUUACGUGUCAACUCAUGCUUGAAUGAGAAAACACAGAUACAGAAACUACAUCUCACGAAGGUAUACGUUGCCUCGAUCUUGUGUGGUUACUUCUUGAAAUCUGCUUCCCUCAGACACCAACUCGAGUGUUCCUUACCGGAUCUGCACGGAAGCGGAUAUGUGAACGGUCCUAUCUUAGUAUCCACCAAGGAGCAUCUGAGACAUUACAUCACAGGGUUCGACCCCGAGACAAUGCAGAGAUGUGCCAAACCAAGGACAGUGGAAGCAAGGAGUCUGAUAAAGAAGCAAUGUUUGGCUCUUUUUGGCAUGGAGGAUAGCGAUGAGACCAUUCUGACAUCGUAUUUGAGUCUGAAGCGGUUGGUUUUGGAAGCUGUGGCGUUUGGGACGUUUUUGUGGGAUACUGAGUUGUAUGUAGAUGGUGCAUAUAAGCUCACUGAGAAUGCAGAAGAACAAGAAAAUAGAAGUAUAUGAACCAAAAAGAAAAGAGAAUCUUCAUGAUCCUUUGGUUGGUGCCAAUCUCUUGAGGCAAUUCUUUAGUGUAUACUGUAUAGCCGAAUAAAAAUGUGGUGGUUUAGGCAACAAUGGCUGGAAUUGACUAGUUAUUCUCAAAAAUAUAUGUUGAACAAAAAAAUAGCUAUGGGUGGAAUGAAAACAGGGGAUGAUCAAGGAAAUUAAAUAAAAACUAAAUUAUUAAUGGGUUUAUGAAUUCUACUUUUCAUUCAUCCAUGCAAAUUUAGAAUCUGGAACAUUUUUUUUUCUUAUAAAUCAUUUGUUUUUCACUUCAUUCCAAAAUGAAAUAUAUGAUAUUUAUUAAAUUCACUGUGAAUUAUCAACAUUAAUAAAAAAACACACAAUUGGACCUUAACUUGGUGUAUUGUGUGAUAUUAUCAAAUUUGGACACUUAUAUUAACUAUACACCUUAAUAUAUUGACAAGGAACUUAUUAUUCAAAUGGACGGUUCCUCUUUAUUUUAUAAAUUUAAGACUAAAAUCAAAAUUAUACACAUGUAAUAAAAUUAAAAAUGAAGUUUUUCAUAAUUACUUUCAUCUAAUUUUAAAUGUUUAAUUAAUAAAAAUUAAAUAAAUUAUAUAAAACUUAAAAUAUAUAAAUUAUGGAUGCAACUAUAAUUUCUACUAGAUAAAAUUUUGCAAACAAAAAUAAUCCAGCCGAAAAUAUAUUAGGCCAAAUCUAUGAUUGUUGUUCUAUCUAGUGCUUUAUACGAAUACAACUAUACUAG